GAGUGUUUUCUCCACAGUCUGGGGGAGUUCGGCCUAUACUCCGCACUGAACUGUUUCCCCCACCUCCAACAACUGUGCUCUGUUUUUUCUUCCCCUUUCCUUCUUCUGUCUGUUUUCUCCCUGGCAUCAUUCUCACUUUAUCUACCUUUAUGGAUUCUAACUUGUGCUCUCUCCGUUAGCGUCUCGAUCAUGGUCAGCAUCCCUUCCAUUCAAUUCUGAUGCACCACUCGUAGCUGUCCGAGACUGAAACAGGUUAUUCCAGUGGCACAGGACAGCUAUGAAAACAAUUUCACCACUAUCUUGCAACGCUGAGUCAAGUUGUCUAGCGCACACAAACAGCGAGAAGGGUUCCCCGGAGGAAGCCCCAGAUUGUCAAUACCCGAAUUCAUCUGCUCUCCAGAGAGGUCAGCUCGAAAACGACGAGGAGGCCAUUGACGAUGAACGACCCACGGGGCUGUUCAGAGCUCCAACAAAUGUUAGCUAUGUCGGUGCCUUGGCUACUAGAAGUUUGAACCCUGUUCGGACGAGAGAAUCAGGUAGGGACUUGGGUCCUCCUCCGGACGGUGGCUUCAAGGCAUGGUCCCAAGUGGCCCUAGCCCAUUUUGUUAUCUUUAACACCUGGGGCUAUAUCAACAGUUUCGGCGUUUUUCAAGACUACUAUACCCAGAGCUUGGGGCGGCCGCCCUCGGAUAUUUCUUGGGUUGGCAGCAUUCAGAUCUUUCUCCUGUUCUUCAUUGGAACCUUUUCUGGACGUGCCACCGACGCCGGGUAUUUCAAGACCAUCCUGGCAAUCGGGGCGGUACUCGAGCUGUUCUGCAUCUUCAUGACUUCCCUGUGCACCCAGUAUUGGCAGCUGUUCCUUGCCCAGGGCAUUGGUCAGGGAAUUGGCUGCGGGCUCAUGUUUUGCCCCACUAUUGCUCUAAUUCCAACGUACUUCACCAAGAAUCGAGCCAUCGCAAUCGGUAUCACAGCCUCUGGAUCGGCCACAGGAGGGCUGGUCUUCCCCGCAGUGGUCAUGCGGCUUUUGCCUCAGAUCGGAUACGGAUGGACGAUGCGAACGCUAGGCUUCAUCUCGCUAGCCACUUUGAUACCCUGCUUGAUUUUCCUCCAGCAGAGGCUGCCGCCUCGCCACAGUGGACCACUGAUCGAAUGGGCCGCUUUUCGGGAGACUUCAUAUGCCCUCUUUGCUCUGGGAAUGUUUCUGAAUUUCUGGGGCCUCUAUGUGGGAUUCUUCUAUAUUAGCAGCUUUGCGCGAGAUAUCAUCGGCGUUUCCGAGUCCACAUCGAUCGAUGUACUUUUGGUCAUGAACGGGGUAGGCUUAACGGGUCGCCUGAUCCCCAAUCUGCUGGCGGACCAGUAUACAGGUCCGCUGAACAUGUUGAUUCCUUUCAGUCUGGUAACCGGGGUGGUGGCGUACUGCUGGACGGCCGUAAGGAGUUACGAUGGCCUGUACGUCUUCAGCGCAUUCUAUGGACUUGCAGCGGCCGGCAUUCAAUCCCUGUUUCCCGCCACUCUGAGUACGUUGACCACCGACUUGAAGAAAACAGGAGUGCGAAUGGGGAUGGUGCUGAGUGUGGUGGCAGUUGCCGCCCUCAUUGGCACCCCCAUCGCGGGAGCACUGGUGGACCGAGAUGGCGGGCAGUAUCUGUCUGCGCAGAUGUUCAUGGGCAGUGCCAUUCUGGCGGGCACGCUGACUUUAGUUGCAGCGCGCACAAGUAAACUAGGUCUGUCCUGGCAACGUGCGUGAGACUGGAAUUGGUUGAUAGCAGGAGAAAAAAUCAUUUAUCAAUUGGUUGAAUAGUUGACUAAUCAUUGAAUUAGACAG